GGAAACUGAUCCACACAAUGCCUCUUCCUUCGAGGUACAUUUAUAGAAAGUGUGAAGUGGGGCUAGAUAAACAGAGAAAAGCAGGGUCUGGAUACUGUGCGCACCUUGGCUUCGCGUUUGGGGAGCAGAGCGUAAGAUGAGCGUCCCCACUGGAAGAAAACGCGCUUGUUACUUAACCUGUAACGCCCUACUUGUAUUAAGGCUGCAGGAUACGGCUCAUAGAUGAAAACUACCCCGGGGAGAGUCGUUCUCUGUCGGACAAGGAACCGGUCAGUCUGCGGCGCAAGACACAACACAAGGGACCAUGUCGGACAUCUCCACGGAUUUGAACAACGACACGCUGCCUGCGGGGCAGCUCACACAACUCAACUUUCCUGCGCUGAUAUUCGGGAUUUUGCUUAUAGUGAUCAUCACUGGUGGAAAUGUGCUCGUGUGUCUCAGCGUAAUCCUUGAGAAGGCUUUAAAAACCACCACGAACUACUUCAUAGUCAGUUUGGCGUUUGCAGACCUGCUGCUGGCGGUGCUGGUUCUGCCGCUCUUCGUUUACGCAGAGUUUCAGGGUGGAGUUUGGUCCUUUAACAUGCUGAUGUGUGACAGCCUGAUGACCAUGGAUGUGAUGCUGUGCACCGCAUCCAUUUUCAACCUCUGUGCCAUCAGCGUGGACAGAUUCAUUGCCGUGUCAAUCCCAUUAAACUACAACCGCAAACAUGUGGACCACCGACAGAUCGUCCUGCUGUCAGCCACGUGGCUGCUGGCCCUGGCUGUGGCCUCUCCAGUCAUCUUUGGCAUCAACAACGUCCCAGACCGCGACCCCAGCGAGUGCAAACUGGAGGACAACAACUACGUGGUUUAUUCCUCGGUCUGCUCCUUCUUCAUCCCCUGCCCCAUCAUGGUCCUGCUCUACUUUGGGGUUUUUCGUGGGCUGCGACACUGGGAGGUGACUCGUAAGGUCAAACUACGCAGCAGCAUCGAGGCCUGCAGGAAACUGCAGCAUGCGGCUGUCGCCACCGCCCUCCCACCACUUACAGGCACCAUUCCCGGGCCUCUGCCCAUGCCUCUGCCGAGGAUCAUCGAAAGGGACUUGGCCCAGUCUCGGCUGGAUGACACAGGUGACUUAAUGCAGCAGGAGAUCCCUUAUCCCCGGCAGUACAGAGAGAACUCAGUGCCCACGGUGACGUACAGCCAGGUGCACCGCAAGAAGAGAGCCAAGAUCAACUGCAGGGAGAGGAAAGCCAUGAAGGUGCUGCCUGUCGUAGUAGGUUGCUUCCUGUUCUGCUGGACUCCGUUCUUCGUGGUGCACACGAUGCGAGCCAUCUGUCUGACCUGUGACAUCCCUCCCGCUCUGAUGAGCACCGUAACCUGGCUAGGCUACGUCAACAGCGCUCUAAACCCCAUCAUCUACACCAUUUUUAACACAGAGUUCAAGAAAUUCUUCAAGAAGUGUUUCCAAGUUUCCUUCCACAGACGCUGA